AUGACCGAGGACGGCGCCGUGCCGGGCGAGACGUUCGUCAUGGGCGACAGCUUUCGCGCCAAAGCCAUGCGCUUCGCCGGCCGCUUCAAAAUCGAGCAGCGCGGCAUUGAGCGCGUGCCGGAGGAUGAGCGGACGGAUACUGGCUUCAAGGGGUUGCUGAACGCUGGGACGAUGUGGCUAUCUGCCAACAUGGUCGUCUCCUCCUUCGCCAUCGGCCUCUUGGGUCGCGGCAUUUGGUACAUGGGCGCCUACGACGCCAUGCUUACCGUGAUCUUCUUCAAUCUCAUCGGCAUCACGCCCGUCUGCUACUUCGCCACCUUCGGCCCUCGCUUCGGCCUGCGCCAGAUGGUCUUGUCGCGCUUCUGGUUUGGGUGGUACGGAGUGAAGAUCAUCGCCGUCUUCAACUGCCUCGCCUGCAUAGGCUGGUCGGCCGUCAACAGCAUCGUCGGCGCCGAGCUCAUCCACGCCGUCAAUAGCGACGUCCCUGGCUACGCGGGCAUUCUCAUCAUCGCCUUCUGCACCCUGCUCGUCACGCUCUUCGGAUACAAAGUGGUGCACAUUUACGAAUUCUACUCGUGGAUCCCCGCCACCAUCAUCUUCCUCAUCGUCCUCGGCGUCUUCGCCCACACCGGCGACUUCAUCAACAUCCCCGCGCCCACGGGCAAAGCAGAGCUAGGCAACGUGCUUUCCUUCGGCGCGACAGUCUUCGGCUUCGCCACCGGCUGGACCUCCUACGCCGCAGACUACACCGUCUACCAGCCGCGCACGCAGUCCAAGCGCAAAGUCUUCCUCGCCACCUGGCUCGGCCUCAUCAUCCCCCUCCUCUUCACCGAACUGCUCGGCGUGGCCGUCAUGACCGCCACAGCCGGCCACAACGGCGACAACCGCUACAUGAAAGCCUACACAGAGACCCACGCGGGCGGCAUCCUCGGCGAGGUCCUAAUCUACAACCUCGGCACCUUCGGCAAGUUCUGCAUGAUCGUGCUCGCCCUCACCAUCAUCGCCAACAACUGCCCCAACAUCUACUCCAUCAGCCUGACCAUCCAAGUGCUUGCGCGCUGGACCGCGCGCGUCCCGCGCUUCAUCUGGACCUUCAUUGCAACUGGCAUCUACAUCGCCAUCGCCAUCCCCGGCUACUCGCACUUCGAAGUCGUGCUGGAGAACUUCAUGGACUUGAUUGGGUACUGGCUCGCCAUCUACGAGGGCAUUGCGCUGAGCGAGCACUUUCUCUUCAAACGCGGGUUCGCCGGCUACCGUCCCGAGGACUACGACUCGCCGUCGAAACUCCCGCCUGGCUAUGCUGCCGUGUUCGCUUUCUGCUGUGGGAUUGUGGGCAUGGUGACGGGCAUGAGCCAGGUGUGGUGGGUGGGACCGAUCGGAUUGACUGCCGGGGUGAAACCGUAUGGAGGCGAUGUGGGCUUUGAGCUGAGCUUUGCCUUUGCGGCGGCGGCGUAUUGCAUUACGCGGCCGUUGGAGAUUAAGUAUAUCCGGAGGUAA